AUGGCUGAUAUGCAAUGUUUUAUUCAGCAAUUUUUGCUUACUUAUAAUUCACCACAAGCAAAAGCUUGCACUACUGAUGCAAUCAUCACAGAUGUUCAUUAUACAUUAACGGAAGACGCACUGGUGGGCGAAGACUCAGAAGAAAUUUAUCAUAAUACAUCGAAGUCGAACAUUAUGGAAAAUCAUCAUUUGGAACCAUCAUGUCGAUCGAGAUCACCUCUGCCACUGCUACAAUCAGCUAGAAAUGAAAAGGUUGAACUUUUUCCAACUUUUUCUGGCUCGGAAAACUCCUUAAAUUGGUUAAAAAACUUACAACAACUUGGUAAAUCACUUAAAUUAAGUGAACAACAAAUAUAUGAAUUGGCAACAAUAAAAUUGAGUGGUCCUGCUCAAGAAUGGUUUUAUCAUCAAGAUGAAAUUGAUAAUUGGCCUUCUUUCAAAGAGGCUUUCUUAUACGCUUUUCCACCACCAAUUCAACCAACCAACAUUGACUAUUUAGCUUAA